AUGGGCGAAACACAGAAGAGCAGCCUUCAUCAGGAGAGUCCUGUCAGACCUGAAAUGCAUGUAUUCCCCUCCAGGAAGCUCACAGGAGAUAGCCUCCAGGACACUGAUCUAAGACAGGACUGCAGGCAGGAGCUGGAGACAGAAAGUGAGAUUGAGACUUCUUUUUCAAAGAGACAGGGAAUGGUACGACCCUAUGGGAUGGAGGUCUGGGAGUGUGAGGGCAGUGGUAGAGCACACAUCAGCAAUGUUAUCCUUGGUGGAGAAAAGCCAGACCUACCCAUGUGUGGGAACAGUGCUAUUUGGAUUCAGCAGGUGGGAGAGAAAGCCUAUGAGUGUCCCGAGUGUGGUAAGAGCUUCAGCCGGAGUUCAUACCUGAGCCAGCACCAGAGGAUCCACCUGGCAGAGAAACCCUUCAGCUGCUCCGAAUGUGGGAAGAGUUUCACCCGCAACUCGGACCUGAUCAAACAUCAGCGGAUCCACACCGGUGAGAAGCCCUACCAGUGCAAUGAGUGCGAGAAGACCUUCAGCCAGAGGUCCAAUGUAAUCAGGCACCAGCGGACCCACACGGGAGAGAGACACUACCAGUGCAAUGAAUGCGGGAAGAGCUUCAGCCAGAACUCACAUCUUAUCGUCCACCAACGAAGCCACAGGGGUGAGAAACCCUUUAAUUGCCUUCGGUGUGAGAAAAGCUUCAGUGACCGUUCCUCCCUGAUCAUACACCAGAGGGUCCAUACUGGAGAGAAGCCCCACAAGUGCCAGGAGUGUGGGAAGCAUUUCCGGGACAGCUCGGCCAUCAUUCGGCAUCAGAGGAUUCAUACGGGAGAGAAACCAUACACGUGUACUGAGUGUGGGAAAACCUUCCGGCAGAGCUCCUCACUAGUGACCCACACGCGAACGCACACGGGUGAAAAGCCCUACAAGUGCUCUGUGUGCGGGAAGGGCUUCAGCCAGAGCUCAGCGCUCACUACUCAUCGCCGAAUCCACGGGGGAAAGGCCUUGCCCAUGUACCACGGUUGCCUCCUGCCCAACCCCUACCAGUGCGCUGAGUGCGGCCGGAGGUGCAGUGACCACUCCACCCUGGCCAAGCACCGGAGCACGCACACCGAGGAACGGCCCCACAUCUGUGUGGAGUGUGGGGACAGCUUCCGGCGGAGCUCGGCUCUCAAUGUGCACCUGAGGAUCCACCGUGGGGAGAGACCCUACAGGUGUGAGGAGUGUGGAAAAACCUUCAGGCACCGCUCAGCCCUCGGUGCCCACCUGAGGAUCCAUGCAGGAGCCAAGCCCUAUGAAUGCACUGAGUGUGGGAAAAGCUUCCGGAAAAGCUCAACACUUAAAGUGCAUUUGAAAAUUCACGUGGCCAAGAAGCCUUACAGAU